UCUUCAUCUCGCACUGAGCAACCCACGAGGACCCUCACGGCCAUGGACCCUGAGGAAUGUACUUGCAUGUCGGGUGGAAUCUGCAUCUGUGGUGACAACUGCAAAUGCACAAACUGCAACUGUAAGACGUGCAGGAAGAGUUGCUGCCCCUGCUGCCCCCCGGGCUGUGCCAAGUGUGCCCAAGGAUGUGUCUGCAAGCGGGGAGCUGACAACAAGUGCAGCUGCUGCCCCUGACAGAUCCCCGGAGCAGCGCCCGCAAACGCGUCUGUAUAUUCCAUUAGCUGACAAGUUGAUAUUAUUGUACGAUAGACUCCGCUUUUUAUAUAUUUGUCCAAAUGGUUUCUUUUUUUUUUUAAUAUUUGGGCCAGUCGCAUAAAGUGCCCGAAGCAAUAAAAAAACCCCCCACACUUGUGGAUUC